AUGAAGGCGGACUCCGACUGGCUCUGAUUUUUAACAGGCCUUUCCAUUCAGGCGGUUGGUUGCCGUUGGUUAUCGAUAUGGCACAGCCGUCAUCCCCAGCGCCCUCCGCUGCAAAAAUGGCGUCACCCACCCGGGUCCGAGCUCUGGCUUUGAUGCUUUUCUUGACUGUCACCGGCUGUUGUGUCACCCCGACAAGUGGCAAGGACGGCGGGUCCGAGGAGACCGUCAUCAUCGGGCUGCGACUGGAGGACACGGACGACAUUUCCUUCAUGGACCGGGGCUACCUGCGGGUUAGUGAGCGCUCCCGGGUGAAGCUGCGGGUUUACGGGCAGAACAUCAACAACGAGACCUGGUCCAAGAUCUCCUUCACGGAGCACGAACGGAGCCGGACGGUGGGGAGCCCGUCGGGGGAGAACCAGAGCCAGGAGGACUCGUCCAGCCUGCACCCGUGCGGCAUCAGGACGUCGGAUAUCAUCAUAUUGCCCAACAUCAUCGUGAGCAGGAAGACCUCCGGGAUCGUGGAGAUCGAGGUCAAGCCUCUGAGGAAGACCGAGAGGAGUAAGUCCUACUACCUGUGCAUCGCCACCGCCACCCCGGCCAGCUCACUGAUGCACGACCCGUGGACGGAGAACACCUGGAUCUACCACGACGGGGACGACACCAAGGUGAUGGUGGUGGAGGAGAAGAAGUUCCUGCUGCCCUUCUGGCUGCAGGUCAUCUUCAUCUCCAUGCUGCUGUGUCUGUCGGGCAUGUUCAGCGGCUUGAACCUGGGGCUGAUGGCUCUGGACCCCAUGGAGCUGCAGAUAGUGCAGAACUGCGGCACUGAGAAGGAGAAGAACUACGCAAAGAAGAUCGAGCCGGUCCGGAGCCAGGGGAACUACCUGCUCUGCUCACUCCUGCUGGGCAACGUGCUGGUGAACACCACGCUGACCAUCCUGCUGGACGACAUCGCAGGGUCCGGGCUGAUCGCCGUGGUCAUGUCCACCAUUGGAAUAGUCAUUUUUGGAGAGAUUGUCCCCCAGGCCAUCUGCUCCAGACACGGCCUGGCAGUCGGGGCCAACACCAUCUUCCUCACCAAGUUCUUCAUGCUGCUCACCUUCCCUGCCUCGUACCCGGUGAGCAAGCUGCUGGACUACCUCCUGGGGCAGGAGAUCGGCACCGUGUACAACCGGGAGAAGCUCCUGGAGAUGCUGCGCGUAACGGACCCGUACAACGACCUGGUGAAGGAGGAGCUGAACAUCAUCCAGGGUGCUCUGGAGCUCAGGACUAAGACGGUGGAGGACGUGAUGACGCCGCUGAGAGAUUGCUUCAUGAUCCCCGGGGACGGCACCCUGGACUUCAACACCAUGUCCGAGAUCAUGAAGAGCGGCUACACACGCAUCCCUGUCUUCGAGGGCGAGAGGUCCAACAUAGUGGAUCUGCUCUUUGUCAAGGACCUGGCCUUUGUGGACCCGGAUGAUUGCACCCCUCUCAAAACCAUCACAAAGUUUUACAGCCACCCGUUGCAUUUUGUCUUCAAUGACACCAAGCUGGACGCCAUGCUGGAGGAGUUUAAAAAAGGAAAAUCCCACCUGGCCAUAGUUCAGAGGGUGAACAAUGAGGGUGAGGGAGACCCUUUCUACGAGGUCCUGGGUAUUGUCACCCUGGAGGACGUUAUUGAAGAAAUCAUCAAGUCGGAGAUCCUGGACGAGACUGACUUGUACACUGACAACAAGACGAAGAAGAAAAUCACCCAUCGGGAAAGGAAGCAGGAUUUCUCGGCCUUCAAGCCUACCGACAAUGAAAUGAAGGUUAAAAUAUCACCUCAGCUUCUGCUGGCUACCCUGCGUUUCCUAGCAACAGAGGUCGAGCCGUUCGCACCGUUGCAAAUGUCAGAAAAGAUUCUGCUGCGUUUGCUGAAGCACCCACUCGUCAUCCAAGAGCUGAAAUACGAUGAGAAGAACAAGCGGGCGGCGGAGCACUACCUCUACCACAGGAACAAGCCCGUGGAUUAUUUCAUCCUCAUACUGCAGGGGAAAGUGGAGGUGGAGGCAGGAAAAGAGGGGAUGAAGUUUGAAGCGGGACCGUUUUCCUUCUAUGGGAUGUUGGCUCUGACAGCCUCGCCAGUGCCUUUGUCCCUGUCUCGUACAUUUGUGGUCAGUAGGGCUGAAUCAUUAGCAGGAUCUCCAGAAAAUAAGUCUCCUCCACGGCCGUUUGGACUCAACCACUCCGACUCUCUGAACAGGAGUGAUCGUAUAGACGCCAUCACACCAACUCUCGGCAGCAGCAACAACCAGCUCAACUCCUUCCUGCAGAUCUACGUACCCGACUACUCAGUCAGAGCGCGCACAGACCUGCAGUAUAUAAAGGUAACGCGGCAACAGUACCAGAACGCCGUAGUGGCGUCACGGAUGGACAAAACACCCCAAUCAACGGACAGCGAGUUCACUAAGAUCGAGCUCACGCUGACGGAGCUCCAUGACGGAGUGGAGACCCCCGCUGUAGUCGUCCUCACCACCACAGCGAGCACCACUAGCACCACCCCGGCUGUGUCCGUAUCCGUGGCCAACGAGACGUCCCACCUGCUCAACCAGCAGCAGAACUGUGUGGGCCUCAGCAGGAGCAACCACAGCGCCCACAACGAGGGACCCAUCUAGCCUCGCCGAGCCCGGUGGAGACCCAGACCCUCCACCCUGUCUCGUGGACACACACGGAGCGGUGGCGUAGACGGAGAUGAGGGAAAGUGGGGAAGCAGAGGCGGGUGGAGUGAGGGUUCUGCUCCAACCAGUAGCCCCCCAGUCAGUCAGUGAGACCCUUUCAUGGAGGGGCAGUGGGGGAGACGGGUGCUGCGUCACCCUGAACGCCCCCACCUGAACGCUGUCAGAAUCCCUGCUGUACUACACCCUCUUACGGAGGGUGCACUUGGACAGUGCCUGUGACUGAGCUUCUAUUUUGGGACACUUUCAUAGCAGUGACUUGGACUAGAGGACAACGGAGUGCAUGCAAACCCUGUCCCUGUC